AUGCCUUCCUAUGCUUCCCUGUCCGCUACCUCUCGCACCUCAGUUCCUGGAGAGUGUGGUGAAGCUGCGCUUGCGGUUCAGCCCGAAAACAAGUCCCGGGAGAGAUCGGUGGCGCAGGGAGUCUCGGCUAGCUGGAUAGCAGGCGUCCGCCCAGCGGCCAAUGUUUGUUUGCUGCUACUAAUGGGUGUGAGCAAGUUAGAUAUUCUAUACCGGAGACUUCUCCUUACAAAACUUUUUAUCAGAGGAUGGGGAAGACCAGAGGAUCUCAAAAGACUCUUUGAAUUCAGAAAGAUGAUUGGAAAUCGAGAAAGAUGUCAGAAUCUGGUUUCAAGUGAUUAUCCAGUUUACAUCGAUAAGAUUGAAGAGCAAUCAGACUGUAAGAUCCUAGAUGGACACUUUGUUUCCCCAAUGGCCCAUUAUGUGCCCGAUAUCAUGCCAGUUGAAUCUGUUAUUGCAAGGUUCCAAUUUAUUGUGCCUAAAGAAUGGAACAGCAAAUAUAGACCUGUCUGCAUUCAUCUUGCUGGAACAGGAGAUCAUCAUUACUGGAGACGACGAACACUAAUGGCUCGUCCUAUGAUUAAAGAGGCCCGAAUGGCUUCUUUACUGUUAGAAAACCCUUAUUAUGGCUGCAGGAAACCCAAGGACCAAAUAAGGUCCAGUUUAAAGAACGUGUCUGACCUUUUUGUGAUGGGAGGAGCUCUUGUUUUAGAAUCCGCAGCUCUCUUGCACUGGCUAGAGAGGGAGGGUUAUGGACCUCUAGGAAUGACUGGAAUCUCCAUGGGGGGACACAUGGCUUCCUUAGCAGUAUCCAACUGGCCUAAGCCUAUGCCGUUGAUUCCAUGUCUAUCUUGGUCCACAGCAUCUGGGGUCUUCACUACGGGUGUGCUAAGUAAAUCCAUUAAUUGGAGGGAGCUGGAAAAGCAGUAUUAUACACAGACAGUUUAUGAAGAAGAAAUUAUUCACAUGCUUGAAUAUUGUGGUACAGAUUCUUUCAAAAUGGGACAAGAGUUUGUGAAGCGCUUCCCUAGCGGUGCAGACAAGCUAACUAACCUUAACUUGGCUUCUAGAACUUUAAAUUUAGACAUGACAGAUCAAGUUGUGUCCCAGAAAUCCGCUGAGUGCCAUAAAUCUAGUAAAGCACCUAUCAGUGCCACAUGGAUUUUGUUGCAAGAUACCUCUAAGAUGGAGUGCUUCAAUCAAACACUUUCAGCCAAUAAAAGUAGUUAUACAAGUUGCAGUCCUCAGUCAUACCACCUACUCAGUAAAGAACAAAGAAGAAAUAAUCUUCAGAAAGAAUCUUUAAUAUUUAUGAAAGGAGUUAUGGAUGAAUGUACUCAUGUAGCAAAUUUCUCAGUUCCAGUUGACCCAAGCCUCAUCAUAGUGGUUCAAGCCAAAGAAGACGCCUAUAUUCCACGAACAGGAGUUCGAAGUCUACAAGAAAUUUGGCCUGGUUGUGAAAUCCGAUAUCUAGAAGGGGGUCAUAUUAGUGCUUAUCUUUUCAAACAAGGACUUUUCAGACGAGCCAUCUAUGAUGCAUUUGAACGCUUCCUCCACAAAUAUGCUAACUAAUUGGAUCACCGUAUGUAACCAGUACAGCCAUCAUGUUUCUUGUGGGUUUCAUCCUUUGAUGAUGUGAAGAACAAGCAGACAGCACCAUAUAUCUACUUGCUAUCAACUGAGUCUUGAAUUCAGUGUUAUAGAUCAGUCAACUAUAAUAUUUAAAUACAUUUGAAUAACUGUAAACCAAUAUUUGGAUUAAAUGAUGUUGAACUAUUUUGUUAGUAUUUGUGGGAAUCCCAUAUAAUCAACAUCUAGUUUGUUGCUACUGUUUACAAAAACUUUAAAUUUUAUAUUAUGAAUAAUUUAUUAAUUUAAAAUAAAUGUAUUCAUAGAAACCCUAUUGGUUUUUAAAGAACUGCUAAAUCAAAUCUUGUGAUACAUCAGCCUGUGUUGAAUAUAUACCCUUAUAUGAUAUUUCUUUUAUUGACUUGAGAAACAUGUUUAUUUCAUUGUGGACCCAUACUGAAUUUAUAAUAAUCUUAUUUUCAAUUUUAAUGUGCUGCCCUGGACACUUAUGAUAUGUGAAAACAGUGUUAACUUUGAAUUCUAAAAAAAAUCCUGAUUGCUUUGUACUUUAGUGCUUUUAAUAAUUAAAAUGAAUGUGAGAAUGCAGAUAAAAUGCAUAAGACUUGGCUAAACUUUAAAACUUUGCCAAAUAUUAGGUGAGAAAAAAAUGUCAAACAUAUUUCCCCAACUUGAAAAGUUUCACGAAAAACUUAAAUAAUGAAAGACCUAUUGCAUUAAUUGAUAGAUAACUGUCUCAACAUUUUCUUCUAUACAUACUCUAGUUUGCUAAACAUACAACUUUAGCCCAAGUACUUAACAGCUUUGGCUUUUUAAUUUCAGAAAUAAUGGCCACAUAUGAAAUUGAUUUGUCCCACAUAAACUUUAUUGAAAAGAUAGAAUAACUAGUAACUUUUUAAAAUGGAAGAUUAUAUGGCUACAUUUGGUGCUUUCUUUUUAUGUUAAACUUCUCAAGCCAAGAGCUAAAAUGUUUUUUAAAAGUAGAAAAUAUUUUGGGUUUGGAAUAAAAGUACUUGAGUUUUCAUUGAAAUAUGUGUUGUCUAUGGGUUAUCUUAAAAUAUGUAUCCCUAGUCUGGCAAGGAUAUUUGAAUUUUAAUGUGUCUUUGUAGCCUUUUUUAUUUUUUUUAUUUUUUUGUCUUUUUAGGGCCACACACAUGGCAUAUGGAAGUUCCCAGGCUAGGGGUCAAUUCAGAGCUGUAGCUGCCGGCCUAUGCCACAGCCAUAGCAACAUGAGAUCUGAGCCAUAUCUCCGACCUACGCCACAGCUCACAGCUACACCAGAUCCUUAACCCACCGAGCAAGGCCAGGGGUCAAACCCGAGACCUCAUGGUUUCUAGUCAGGUUUGUUAACCACUGAGCCAUGACAGGAACUCCUGUAUCCUUUUUCAAAGGAGAUUUCAUUUGUCCCUUAAUGCCUCCAUCACCUUAAUUUUUUAAAACUAUUUAAAAAUGAUGUGAAGUCAUUGAUGGCAUACAAAGUGUAAAUUCUGUAACACUGCCUUGACAUAACAAACAAACAUGGUUAUAGCCAUUGAGCUAUGGCAUUUUUACGUGUUCAGAUUAGAACCUUUACUUUUCACUGAUGUAAUGAAAUCUACUAAAGUUCUUCAACAAAAUACCCUUUAAAAGUAAAGUAAAACUUGUUAACUGAAUUACAAGUAUUUUCUUAUGUAUUUAGUAAGGCAAUUGAUUGAAUGCUUUUUGAACAAUGGCUUCAGUAAAACCAGUACUUUAUUUUUCAUGUAUUUCCUUUUAAGCAAUAAUAUACUAGGGUAUGUGACUUUCUUUUGGUAAAAGAAUGAAAAUUCAUUUCAGUUUAUUAACUCUUUCGCAUAACUAAUUUCUCUCAAACAUGAAAGAAGAUACUUUUAAAAUCUUUUAACCAGGUGUUUUAAGAAUAUAUCCAUACAAGUACUUAAAGAACUGCUGUCUGCCAUUGUGAAGAUUUGGAACAUAAAUUGCUAGAAAUUCCUUUAGCCCAGAAUUGCAAACUGGCAGCCAAUAUAGGCCAGCCUGGCCAAUAGUUGUUUUCUUCAGCACAUGUAAUAUUUCAAAAGUUUCUGACUUCAAAAAGUCUUUAUAUGCCCCAGUUUUCCAUAGUCCUCCAGACUCCCUCUUCUGUCAGAGUACUUCAUUACUUUGUGUUUCUCACUUAGCCCUGAAGACAUCUAAGCUUGAGACUCCGAUUUAGAUCUGUGCUUAAAAAAAAAGUUUCUGGGAGUUCCCGCUGUGGCUCAGUGGUAACAAACCGAUUAGUAUACGUGAGGACAUGGGUUCAAUCCCUUACCUCACUCAGCAGGUUAAGGAUCUGGCCAUUGCCUGAGCUUUGGUGUAUAUGUGCAGGAGCAGCUUGGAUCUGGCAUUCUUGUGGCUGUGGUGUAGGCCAGCAGCUGCAGCUCCAAUUCGACCCUGGCCUGGAAACCCACAUGCCACAGGUACGGCCCUAAAAAGACAAAAAAAAAUUUUUUUAAGUUUCUGAAUUUCAUGAUUCGAUAAUGUUCUAACUCCUAUUAAAUAAUUUUAGCAUAUGUAGUUUAAAUUGUUUCUUACGAAUGUAAUUUUUAAUGUGGUGCUUUCCCUUGUAAAGAUUAUUGAAUUUUUAAAUCUAACUGAAAUUUUUAAAUCAUUUCUAAAUAUUUUAUACUUCACAAUAAAAGACUAUUUCAAA